CUCUGUGGCACUAAUCACCCUCCAUACCUUCCAGGAAAUAGUAACAUCCAGUGGAUGCACCGACUCCAGAGGCGUGGAUUCCUAGAACUGAUGUCUUCUUAAAGAUAAAUAGGCUCUCUGCCUUUAACUGUAUUGUUCCCCGCUGUGCAGAGAAAUGUAGCGCUAGCCUUCUGUUUUUAGGGCCAUAAAAAGAUGUGCUGUCUUUCCAAUAAUAGCCAAUCUUAUUUUUACCACACCGACGCCUUAUUGCAUUGUGGAUGCCUCAGGAAUGGUGUCCCUUCAAGAUAGCGUGGGAAUAUUUCAGUCGAGGCUGUGGCCGUGCACCUCAGGGCUAAAUGCUCCAGCAUCCUCUCAUUUUGCACGCCUGUAACUGCAUCUCAUUUACCGGAGGUGGCUGCUGUGUCAGGGCUGUAGUCUGAGUCCAGGCUCCUGUGCGGGGGGAUGUGUUUCUUUUAUCCGCCAGUCAAGCCUUUAUUCUCUGCAUGCCGGAUUUAAGUCCACGGGAGCGCUAUGCGGGAGUAUAAAGUGGUGGUGCUUGGCAGCGGCGGGGUGGGGAAGUCUGCGCUCACGGUCCAGUUUGUCACCGGGACAUUUAUAGAGAAGUAUGACCCGACCAUUGAAGAUUUCUACAGGAAGGAGAUCGAGGUGGACUCCUCUCCUUCGGUACUGGAGAUCCUCGACACAGCCGGCACCGAGCAGUUCGCCUCUAUGAGGGACCUUUACAUCAGGAACGGCCAAGGCUUCAUCCUGGUCUACAGUCUGGUGAACCAGCAAAGUUUUCAGGACAUCAAGCCCAUGAGAGACCAGAUCAUCAGGGUGAAAAGGGAUCAUCUCAAACUUCCAUCCCUCCGCCUCUCUCCUGCUCCUCUCUCUUGUCCUGCAGUGCUUCGUGAGAAGCUGCAACCAGCUCAUGUGUUGUUCAUAAGAGCCCAUCUGCGGCUCACCUGUCGCAGAUCAACUCGCUGACCUCUCAUCGUGAUUCUCCGCCUCUCACACAUGACCAACACUGGAUGGUUUCGAUCAGUUCCGUCCAUUACUCUACCAAUCCACUGAGCUCAUGUCAUGGCUGGAAGAGUGGAAACAAAUCUGUGAUUUUUCCUUUUGGGAGGGACAUAUUGCAGUUACUGGCUUACUGCAGUGCAGAGCCUCAUUCAGCUUGUUUAAUGGCACUGAGUGACUCUGAGGCUUUAGCUUAUCAAUCUUUCUGGUUUUAUGAGGGAUUCAAUAGAUGGUGUCUGUUGGUUUUGGCGCCAUGUUAAGUUGAAAUAGUUCAUUUCCACGUUAGGAACCUUGUCUCAUGUCAUCCUUCUUCUGUUUCCUUUUAUUUCCUGUCACCUCUCUACUGCCCACUAUCUAAAUUAAGGCAAAAUGCAGUUUAGCUGUUAAUGAGCCAGUCAUUAUUAAAUUGAUGGGGUUUAUAAUGUAUAAAGACAUGGGAGGACAGUUAGCUAAUGACAUUUCAACUACUAUCACUGGCCAUUAAUUUGGUUUUAGUAGUCUAUUUGUCAUUCCAGCCAUCACAGUGGGGCCUCAAAAUGCCAUGGAGGAUUUGUCAUCUCUCUUGCAUAAUUUGCACCUUUUUAUCAGUAAAAUUACACAGAUAAAGUAUGUUUUAGAAGUUUACACAAAAAGACAUUUUUACCUGACUGGAUAUUACAAUAUAAUCAUUUAAGUGAAUGGAAUUUAUAAUUAAAUCUGGAUGGUCUGGUGAAGGGCCUCUCAUCUCCGGAGGGCGCCACAGCUGAUGAUGCAUGAGGGAACUCCUCGGAAAUGAAUAAUGUAAUGGUGAACCUCUAGCCAGCCUCCACCCAAAGCAGCUGCCUACACUGCACCAACCUCCUCUGUCCUCAAGUAUAUAUCCUUAAAUAAUUCAAACUUUUAUUUCACACUACUCUGGGUUUCUGCAAAAUGCCCUUCACUAAAACUUAUUAUUGUAAGAUUUAUAGAAAUAUAGAUCUUUGUCAGAGGUGGAAUAAUACUGUAGUAUUGUGUAAAUAACUAGUGCUUACAUUAUAAUUAGUCAACACAGUUUGAGAAUGGAUGCACUUACACUGAAACUUUGACAUUGUUGUUUCAUCUCAAACUACCCCUGAUGUUGCCUUUGCUGUAUAUUAUUGAACUCUACACUUAAAAGAUGAAGCUGGUCAUAUUAUAUUACAGUGUUUUCAGCACUCCCAAUACAUUGCAUUACUUAUCCCCCAUACGUUAUCAUACCUUUAAGUAUAGAUUUCAUUUAACAAACUGGAACCUCACAAUUUAUCUAAAAAGUCAAGACAGUGCAGACAUGUAAAUUCCUGCACAGGUUUUUUAAGGAUAGGCUCUGCUGGUGAUUUAAACACAUGCAGACCCUAUUCACAGUGUCCAUCUUUAAUGAAACGAUGCAGCACAAUCAGCUCCUGGUCUCAAUUAGCUGGCUCUAGGAGAUCCGCCUCCCUCUUCCUAAAUUUUCUGCUGAGCCAGCAGCAACAAGCCCCACACAGAGCUCUAGUACAUGUGCCCACUCACCAGAUCUUAAUGGGAUUGUGUUGGGUUAGAAGCCAAGAAGACAUCAGGCCUCCAUUAAGGAAUCAUAUAAAGCAGAAUGCUUAUGCAGGGCUCUUGGUGGGAUAAGCAUGGGAAAGAAGAGCCUAUAUGCUAGUGUGCUUUAUGUUGUUGACUUACUGUUAGUGCAUGAAUAGCCUAUGUGCAACACAGCAGGGAGCACACUUUAAGAAGUAGUUUGACACUAUGGGAAAACAUGCUUAUUGACUUUUUUGCCUAAAGUCAGAUGAGAAGAUUUGUACCACUCCUACAGAGGCGGAUCUAGAAAAUUUUGCACGGGGUGUCCUGGCUGGGGCAAGGACUCAGAGAGGGGUGGCACAUUUAAAAUAUUAAAACCAUACAUUAUUAAGAAUCACACUGUUUAUGUUGUUUCCAAAUGAGACACAUAGUGUGUUCUUUAGCUAACUUUGGCUGCGCUCCUUAUUUACUCCCAGCUGGGGACAUUGCUGCUGCACAGUGGCCCCCCUCACCUGAGGGGAAUCGUGCCUGGUACUCCACAACAACACAACUGAAGAAAUUAAUGCAAAUAUCAUGCUGCAUGCAUGCAUGAUGUAAAAUAAAGUGCCAGAAAACUAUAUUUAAGGCAACAGUUUGCCAUUGUUUUUAAUUUUUCAUUCACUGAUACUGACAGCAUCACACUUUGGGGUGGCCAAUCAGAUUCCAGGCACCCCUGGUGCCACCCAAAAAUGUGUGACCCCUGAAUCUGCAGGUGCCAUUUUUAGAAGCCAGUUAGCUUAGCAUCAAAUUGG